GUGGAAACGGACAAGGCCACGGUGGGGUUUGAGCUGUUGGAGGACUGUUACCUGGCCAAGAUCCUGGUACCUGAAGGAACUAGAGACGUCACCGUGGGAGCAGUCAUCUGCAUCACCGUCGACAGUGCUGAUCUGAUCCCAGCCUUUAAGGACCUGACGUUGGACAAGCUGGCUGCUAGCUCUGCCCCUUCUGCAGCUGCCCCUCCCCCCCUACUGUCGCCCCUGGCAGCUCCCUACCAACCCACAAUGAAGGUAGGACACAACACCUUACAUUUUCCUGUACUAAACAACUUUCAGUUAAGAUAGUUUGAAGUCCCCGAC